AAAAGUGUACGUAACAUGGGUUUAAUUCUAUGUUAAAUUACUUGAUAGUAACCAAUCAACCAACUUAGAUUUAUAUACUUCCCCCCUUUCUUUAAUUUAUUUAAUAUAUUAGGGAUACAGAUUUAUUCAGAAAUACUAAAGUAUUUCUUGGAGUAUAAAGUGAAUAUCAAUCAUGGAAAGGAAAAUUUCUAUAAAAGUAGCACAAAGGAUGUUGCAGCCAUGGAAUCUUUUUCUCCUUAUCCUAUUACAAUUUUUGUUACAAUUUUUAACAUCCAUUUAUCUUUACACUUACGUGGCUCGUGUUGAAACGGAUGUUUACAUUAUACGAAAUCAAAACAUUCUAGAGCCUGAGAAAUUUAUACGUAAGAAACGAAACAGUGCAUUGCCUGUGACAGAAGAUAAUAAAGUUUCAGAUAUUUCAAGAAUAUGGGACGAAAAAGAUAUGUUGAAGGAAUCUAAGAAAGUUACUUCACCUCCUGCAGCAAUGUCCGGUGCAGCAUCUUCGCCGAUUACUCCUAUGGGACAUGAUUGGGUAUGGUUAAACGCAGACACUCGUGUCCAGGUCGAUGCCAUUGAGAAUUUUUGUCGAUCUUCAAUGAAAUAUUGUCCACCAGGACUCCCGGGAGCACCAGGUAAUCCAGGAGCUCCUGGAGAACCUGGCCUUCCAGGUUUACGAGGAAUGACUGGUCCGAAGGGACCGCCUGGUUUAACUGGUCCUCCUGGACUUCGUGGGCCAAAAGGUGAUGUAGGACAUCCAGGUUUUGAUGGCAGAGAUGGAGUUCCAGGUGAACCUGGUCUCGAUGGAAUUCCUGGGCGUAGCGGCUUAGAUGGAGCUCCAGGAAUAAAUGGUAAACCAGGGCUAAAUGGAUCUCCUGGGCGACCUGGACGAAAUGGCACAGAUGGAAGGCCAGGUCAAAUAGGACCACAGGGACCACCUGGACUGCGUGGAGAAAUGGGUCCUCCUGGUAGACCAGGCAUACCAGGUCAAGAUGGCAAGCCAGGGAUAACAGCCUGGAAGGUGAACAUGAAUGACUAUAAUGUAAAUGAUUUAUUAAUUCCUCCUUCUAUUUUAGAUGAUAGAAUGUUACCAGCAGCCUUAAACUCCACAGAAUUAAUUUCAGUUUACGAAGGGACUAAUAUAAGAUUGAAAUGCGGCGCAAGCGGAAAACCUCAGCCCGUUGUUCAAUGGUUUAGAACCGAUAGUAGUGUCAUACCCGUAGGAUCUUGGCACGUAACUUCUAUUAUCGGACAUACAUUUAAUAUCAGCGUAGUGAACAGAGAACACAUGGGAGAAUAUACAUGCGUUGCCGAUAACGGAGUUCCUCCUCGAGCAGUUAAAAGAUUUAAACUUCAAGUCAAAUUUCCGCCGUUCAUUCGAAUACGAAACCAAAUAAUUCACGCACGUAGCCAAAGUAUCGCAACUCUGGAAUGCGAAGUCGAGGCAUAUCCGGAACCCACCCUUUAUUGGGAACGUGAAGACAGCCGUCGUCUCAAAAUGUCUGAUAAAUACAGAAUAGAAGUUUACGAUAAGAAAGACGUUUAUAAGCUUAAAAUGCGUUUGAAAAUCACGAGAAUAACUUUGGCGGAUCACGGUACCUAUCAUUGCGUUGCCAGAAACGAUAUUGACACUACCAAGGGCUCGUUCAUAGUAAAUGAUGAUAUAAAAAAUGCGGACAGAUUGAAGAGUGGGAAACAUGUCACUUAUGGAGAUCCUGCACCGCAACACGUCGAUUUAGAGGAACUUUGCGAGCCACGUGAAACCUGUGCGGCCUGUCCGGUUCUGAGAUGUACCUUUACAGAUGUUGCUGAAUAUUUAAAUGUUCAGCCGCUCAGAAGCGUUAAUUUUACCGGACUUCCGCCACGAUUAGCGGACGGUGUAAUAGAAGCUUUAGGAAAACCAGUUUUAAAAGGUGGAAUGGAUGAUCAUUAUGGGAGUUGGAUGCAUGAUGCAUCAUCCAGGUUGGAUGGAUUUUCUGAUAAACUCUGGGUUACCCGAAAAAACGACACCUCUUAUAUUUUUGAAUAUAAAUCGAAAGAUCACUUUAAAAACGGUAGUUCGUAUCCUAUCGCGUUACCGUAUCCGUUCCAGGUAUAUUGGCAGUGUUCUUAAGAUCAUAACCAUUGAAUUUAAAUCAUUUACAGAGGAAUGAACGUAAAUUAUUAUUAUAAGUUUCUGAUCAUGUAUGCGACAAGGAAUACCCACGAUGUGAACUGCAUCUUCCGGGAUUACUGGUGAAUACGAGAAACUAUCUCUACACACCGAAUCAUAAUUUCAAUUAUGUUGAUUUCAAUGUCGAUGAGAAUGGCUUAUGGAU